UAUUUGUUUUAGGUUAUGUCAGUCGUAAAUUAUUUUCGAAAAUGUAUCAAGAAUUAUAUUAACUUAUAAAUCACAGUUUGUUUUAAUUCCCAAUUUUAGCCAUAAAAAUUAAAGAUUAUUUAGAAAAACCAAUUACAAUAUAUUAAUUCUUAAUAAUUUAUCUUCGAACAUAAAUAUAUUACAAAAUGCCCAUUAUGGAAUAUUUAUCAAGUCUUUCGGGUAAUCCUUAUUUUGGUGCUGGAUUCGGCUUGUUUGGUAUUGGAGCUGCAGCAGCAGCUGCAAGAAAAGGCUUACAAGGCGGAUUAAUAUUAUUUAGAAGACAUUUCAUGAUUACUUUAGAAGUUCCAUGUCGUGAUAAAUCAUACCAAUGGUUAUUACAAUGGAUAACAUAUAAGGGUGCGAGACAAACACAACACCUUAGUGUUCAAACAUCUUAUGUUCAAAAAGAUACAGGUCAUGUAAAAACCACAUAUGACUUUAUUCCAAGUGUUGGAGUGCACUUCAUGAGAUAUGGGAAAACAUGGAUUAAAGUUGAAAGAACAAGAGAGCAAAAAACUUUGGAUCUACAUAUGGGUGUUCCUUGGGAAAGUGUCACAUUAACGGCUUUUGGAACAGAUAAAGGUUUAUAUUUUAAUAUUUUAGAAGAAGCACGACAACUAGCGCUAAAAGAAACAGAAGGAAAAACAAUAAUGUAUACAGCUAUGGGAGCUGAAUGGCGGCCUUUUGGCCACCCCAGAAAAAAGAGACCUAUUGAAUCAGUAACUUUGGAACCAGGGGUAGCAAAUCAAAUCGUAAACGACUGUAAAGAUUUCAUACAAAAUUCUAAAUGGUAUUCAGAUAGAGGAGUUCCAUAUAGAAGAGGAUACUUGCUACAUGGACCGCCAGGAUGUGGGAAAUCUAGCUUUAUUACUGCAUUAGCCGGUGAAUUGGAAUAUGGAAUUUGCGUAUUAAAUUUAUCCGAUAAAGGAUUAACAGAUGACCGACUUAACCACUUAUUAAAUGUUGCUCCAGAGCAAACAAUCAUUCUUUUAGAAGACAUCGAUGCGGCGUUUAUUUCACGGUUGGAUACACAACAACAAAAAUCUGCGUAUGACGGCUUAAACCGUGUAACAUUUAGCGGAUUACUUAAUUGUUUAGACGGCGUUGCAUCUUCUGAAGCCAGAAUAGUGUUUAUGACGACUAAUUUUAUAGAACGACUUGACCCCGCUCUUAUAAGACCAGGCAGGGUGGAUGUUAAACAAUAUAUAGGAUAUUGUGUAGAACAUCAAAUCGUAGAAAUGUACAAAAGAUUCUAUACAAAUGAAAAAUCUGAAGAAAGUGCAAAUAACUUCGCUAAAAAACUCCUUGCUUUUGAAAAACCAGUAUCACCCGCACAAAUUCAGGGAUAUUUCAUGAUGCACAAAUUAUCAGAUAGUCAAACAAUUUUAAAUAAUGUUGGUAACAUUUGGAGUACAGACAAAAACCUAAAAGGGAUUGAAAAAAUAUCUGCAUAAGACGCAAAUUAUUGAAACAAAAAAUAAAAAACACCGAAAAUUCAUAGCGAAAAAAUUUCAUUUAUGUAUUUAUCUCUUGAUCAGACGUAAUUUUUUGCACUUAAAGAGGGUCGAGAAACGUUGUUUAGAAUUGUUUUUUGAAAUAUUUAUUUUCAAUUAGUAAAGCAUUAAUGUGGCCUAGUACAUUGAAAAAUUAUAUAUGUAAUUAUAUAACAAGGAAUUUCAAAAAAUUUUCAAAAAAUUUUUUUAAUCAUUGCAUAUAUUUAUACAUUUAUCGGA